AUGUCUUCCACAGAAAAGAAUAUCGUCGAAGAUGUCAUCACCAGCAAUGAUGAAACCCCAUUCGACACCGAAGGGCAAGGCCAGAAAGUGACAGAUGAAGAAUAUCCAGAGCCCAGCGAAGAAGAAACAGACACCCUCCGCAAAGUCGCCGGCACCCUUCCUCUCGUUUCCUUCUCGUUGUGUCUAGUCGAAUUUGCCGAGAGAGCUUCAUACUUUGGUGCUCAGACUGUGUUUUCGAAUUUCAUCGAGUUUGGUCUUCCCAAGGGCGGCAAUGGCUCUGGUGCUCCUCCCCGCGGAACACAACAAACAGCUGGAGCGCUGGGAAUGGGUCUGCAGGCUAGCUCUGGUCUGGUGCUGCUAUUCGCAUUCUUGGCCUAUAUUAUCCCUCUUUUUGGUGGAUGGUGGGCUGACGUGCAUGUUGGUCGAUACAAAGCCAUCUGCAUUGGCGUGUUGAUCUGUGGCAUUGCCCAUAUCAUCCAAGUCGUCGGGGCCAUUCCAUCUGUUCUCAAACGAGGGACGUCGAAUUCUGCUCCUCCAUUUAUCAUCGGAUUGUUGCUGUUGGCUUUGGGAGCUGGUAUCUUCAAGCCGAAUAUCGCCCCGACUAUUUUGGACCAGCAUCGCUGCAAGAAGCCGUAUACGAAAGUGCUCAAGACCGGGGAAAAGGUCAUUAUUGACCCUGAAUUGACGUCGAGUCGGACAAUGCUGAUUUAUUAUGGGUUUAUCAAUGUCGGUGCGUUUUAUAUGCUGGCCACGACGUAUGCGGAAAAGUAUGUCGGAUACUGGCUUUCGUUCUUGCUGGCUGGUGCAAUUUACUUUCUCCUUCCUGUUCUGUUGGCGUUGGUUUAUAAGAAGACGUACAAAGUGCCGCCUAGUGGGACAUCAGACCUGAGCAAGGCAGUCAAGAUUAUCUCGAUGGCGCUGAAGCGGAAUAAGUUUCGUGUUUGGAAAAAGGGGUUCUUUGAUGCUGCCAGGCCGAGUGUGUUGGCUGCUGAGGGUAUCCAAGUCGAAUGGACUGACAGGAUGGUUGACGAUGUUCGUCGGACUCUAGUGGCCACCGAGCUCUUCUUCUACUUCCCCAUCUACAACAUCAACGAUGGCGGCAUCGGCUCCGUCCUCACCAACCAAGGCGCCUCGAUGACCACCAACGGCGCCCCCAACGACCUCUUGAACAACUUCAACGCCCUCACCAUCAUCGUCGCCACCCCCCUCCUCAGCCACGUCCUGUACCCCCUCCUUCUCCGCUUCAACAUCAAAUUCGGCCGCAUCUCCCGCAUCACCUUUGGCUUCUUCCUCGCCACCAUCUCCAGCAUCGUCGGCGCUAUCGUCCAAUGGCGCGUCUACAAAACCUCCCCAUGCGGGUACUACGCCUCCGACUGCGCGGCCGGCGUCAGCCCCAUCACGAUCUGGUGGCAGCUCCCGAACGUGAUUCUAGGUGCGCUAUCGGAGCUGUUCUGUAACGUGACGGUGUAUGAGAUGGCGUAUGCGCGAUCGCCGCCGACGAUGCGUGGGUUCGUCAUGGCUGUCUUUCUCUUCACCACGGCGUUGUCGAGUGCGCUAGGUGAGAUUUUGAUUCCGGUUACUAAGGAUCCGUAUUUGAUUUGGAUUUGGGGGGCGCCGGCUGUUGCGUUGGCAGUGCAGUCGGUGUUGUUUUGGUGGAGGUUCCGGGCGUUGAAUCAUGAUGAGUUUAUGGUGUAG